CUUCAGUUAACAUUUUACAAUGAUUGAAAAUGUAUUUUUUAUUUGAUUGUUGUGAUUAAGUAUAAAUACUUUCGUAUAAUUUCGAGUUAGUAAAAUUUAUUUACAAUCUAAAAACGAGGAAAAAAUUGUACAAGUUAAAAAAAAAAUGGGAUCCUUAACUAGCAGACAAAAUGCUGGUGUUGAAGAAGUUGACAUUGUUUCUAAUCACGCAUACAAAUACCCUCCUCGUUCUGGUAAUUAUUUUGGAAGUCACUUUAUAAUGGGAGGAGAGAGAUUUGAUACACCACAACCGGAAGCUUAUUUAUUUGGAGAAAAUGCGGAUUUAAAUUUUUUAGGAAGUCGACCAACGCCUUUUCCUUAUCCACCGCCACAAGCAAAUGAUCCAACAAAAACAUUGAAAAGUUUAGUUUAUAUAAGAAAAGAAUCUCUUCGUCUUGUUCGUAGUGUUGAUAAUGCUGCAACAUCACAACAAACAACUGAUAUUAAACAUUUUGGCGAUGGUGAUCUUGAUAAAAAAAUGCGAUUUAAUAUUGAAUUUACAUUUGAUUGCGAUGUUAGAUGUGCAAUUACGAUUUAUUAUUUUUGCACUGAAGAAGUAACAUCAAAGGGAGUGAUAUAUGUGUCACGUGAUCCUUCCUUGAAUUCUGAUACUUAUCAUUAUAAAAAAGGCGCGAAUCAACAAUUUUGUCAAGCCCUUCACGUCUUUGAUCCAACGCCAUUCACUGAUGAAGAAUUAUUAUACAGUAGCGAUCGUGAAAUAAUUCCAAUUGCUAUUCAUUGCGUUGCUGAGGAAGGUUCAGACGAUCCUAAACAAUCGCAUACAACAAUAGCAGUUAUUGAAAAACAUUCCGAUGGAUCGUACGUUUUAAAGGCUCUUAAACAAAAAUUAUUCGUCGAUGGACUUUGUUAUUUGCUGCAAGAAAUUUAUGGAAUCGAAAAUAAAAAUACAGAAGAUGCCAAGCAGGGAAAUGGCGAUGAAGACGCUGAGGAUAAUGGAUCAGAAUGUGUAAUAUGCAUGUGUGAUGUUCGUGAUACGUUAAUUUUGCCAUGUAGACAUUUGUGUUUAUGCAAUGGUUGCGCUGAUUCCCUUAGGUAUCAAGCAAAUAAUUGUCCAAUUUGUCGAGCACCAUUUCGUGCUCUCUUGCAAAUUAAAGCCCUGCAAAAAUCAUCGGGUUCAAUAAUAUCGAAUCCUGUACCACCUCCACCUCCACCUGGCUUACAAGAGGGAAGUUGUGAAAACAUUCCAUCGGGAUACGAAGCUGUUUCAUUGAUUGAAGCCCUCAAUGGACCGUACAUUCCUCGAGUUGCAACGACCGUUUUACCAUGUUCUGAAUCUCCCGAUAGUCCACAUGAUAUUGCUGAUACGGCGACUGCAAUUCAAGCCGCUGAAGUUCUCAAUCGAACAACCGAACGAACUCCAGUAUCGAAACAUAUUGCCGUUAAGGAAACAUUGGAUAUUUCUUCGAGAACAAGUGGAACACCAUGUACAACACCUGAAUUUCGAAUGUCUGUUUUAUUAGCCAAAGGUGGUGAGAAUUCAACAGGAUCACAAAAAGCUGAACUUCAUAAUCGUUCGCCUGCUGUGCGUGCAAAAAUUACUGGACAUUCACGACAAGAAAAAUCGAAUCUCAAUAGAACGAGAGACACUCUUCGUCUUGUUAAUGAGAAACAACCUGUUUCACUAUAUGAGUAUUUACAGGGACAAGGACAGGACGAGGACAGUGAAGCUGAGAAAUUAUCACCGUUACUUGACGCUGCAACUAGUACAGAAACAUUGGAUACACACAAUCAUCGAAUGUGUGAAGAUAUGGAUGACGAGAUGCAAAAUGGAGAAAGUGAAAAUGGCGAGGUGACUUGUCACUCGCGUUAAGUAAAAACCUUUUUUUAAAAAAUUUUCCCCUUUUCAAUUAUACGUAAAAUAGGUAAUUUUCCAAAAAGAAGACGUUAAAAUAAUGAAUUCUAAAAGAAUUUUUUUUUUUGAAAUAUUCGGUUUUAAUUAACGAGAACAGGUUUCGCUUAACCUUCGCUUGACAAGAUGCCCACCCAGGGUGGGCCAGACAAAUUGAAAUUGCCAUAUCUUCUAAAGUUUUACCUUAAUUGAAUCGCGAUUUUAAGUCACUGAACAAAAUCUUAAGAACUUUCAAAAAAUGUAAAAACAAAUUUUAAAAAAAAAUUUCUUCUUGAUUAUUUAUAACUUUUAUCAAUGUAUGUACGGAGAUAACCGGGAUGAUUCAGAUAUUUUUUUAAUUCUAUUUUACAAAAAGACUUGAAAUCAUGCAGACUUUUCACUGUGAGUGUUUUAUGAUGUCAAAUAAUAGAUAUAAAAAAUAUUAUAUUGCAUUUUUCAUUUGUUUAAACAAUUUAUUGUUAUUAUUUAUUAACUUUCUCUGUUCUGCACCUAGAAAGAUGCAGUUUUUUUCUAAUUUUGCAAUUUAUCAAGCCGAAUAUAAUAAAAGAUAGAUUUGAUGUAAAAUUAUUAAUUCAACAAUUGUUUAAACAAUUUAUUGUUGUUAUUUACUAACUUUUUUUGUACGGCACCUGGAAAGUUGCCGUUUUUUUCUAAUUUUGCAACUCAUCAAGCCGAAUAUAAUAAAAGAUAGAUUUGAUGUAAAAUUGUAAAUUCAAAAAUUGUUUAAACAAUUGUUAAAUUAGUAAAUUUAUGUCAAAUCUGUCUGGCUAUAUUAUAUUCGGUUUGAUAAAUUGCAAAAUUAGUAAAAAAAAAUGCAUCUUUCUAGGUACACUACAAGAAAGUUAAUAAAUAACAACAAUAAAUUGUUUAAACAAUCGUUUGAAUACUAAAUUCAUAUAAAAUCUUCAUGUUUAUUAUGUUGAGCUUGUUAAGUUGCAAAAUUAGAAAAAAAUUGCAAUUUUCUAGGAAUAUUAUGAAGAAUGUUAAUAAAUAGCAACAAUUAUUUGUUUAAACAAUUUAUAAUAAUAGUUGUUGCAAAUUGAAUUAUAUAUUUUAUUUUAUUUAUAACCUUUGAAUUAAUAACUACGAAGAAAAGGUAACAAAUUUAUAAAAUUCUUCUACUGUCGUAUGUGUAUUUGAAAAAGUUAUAAAUUAUUAAUAAUAAAUUGUUUAAACAAAUAAAAAAUCAACAAAACAUUAAUAAAAUAUAUUAUUUGGUAACAUAUAACAAUUCUGGAAAAAACUGAAUGAUUCUAAGUUUUUAUUGCAAUAUACAAAGAAGAAAACAUUUGGCCCACCCUGGGUGGGAUCUUGUCAACCGUGUAUAUAAAAAGUAUCCAGUCCGGCGAAGGUUAAAGAAAAAUUUUGCCUCAGUUCUCAAAUUAUAUUCCCUUAAAAAUAAACUCAAAUUCAAAUAAUAAUGCCAGCAGAUUAAAAAAUCCAAAAAAAAUUUUUUUUCUAGUACAUAUAUAUAUAUGUAAUGUUCCUGCAUGUAUUUUUUUAACUAUAUUUAAGUGUAGAACUAUUAUUUAUAAAAAAUGAGAUUCAUAUUUUCACAUACUAGGUAUUGCGAACGCUUUAAAAGAAACUAAUUCUACUUUCUAAUUGUUUUUUUUUUUUUUAUACAUUUAAGGGUCAAAAAGUGAUUGCUGGCAUAUUUUUUGAAAAAUUUUAGUUUUAACAUCGAAUUUUUACUACCUUUCACGCUUUUAAUAAUUAAAAAUAUCGCGACGUAAUUUCGUAGCUUUUAAUUUUGGAACAUUUUUGGAAAUCAUUAUUUAAAAACUAAAGUAAUAAUUUAAAAUAGUUUUUAAAUAACGAUUUUAAAAAAUUGCAAAAUUUAACAAAAUCACGGCACUAUUUUUUUUUUUAUUAAAUGCAUGAAACUUAUUAAAAAUUACUAGUUAAUGAUCAGUAAAAAAAAAUUCAUCAUUAAAACUAGAAUUCUUUAAAAUAUACCAGCAACCACUUUGGAGUUUAUCAGUGGACUCAUCCGCUCAUUAUUUUUAUUUUAAACUGCCAAAUGCUAUAAAGAAUUGGUGAAAAGACAAAAAAAUCAAAUAAGACUGCCCUGUAUUUCGACUGCAUGGUACUCGAUGCAAUUGUAAAUUACAUAAAAACAUUGUAAAUAUUGGAAUUCUCAAUCGAAUUUAAAAUUUUUCCUCACUAGUGGAAAAAUUCGAAAAAGUAUUUGCUUGCAAUAGUGCAUUU